CGUGUGUGAGACUCGCAGCCAUUUUGGCCCAGGUGUCGAAGCGGCCAGCCGAUACCGCCAGCAGCCCCCAGGCCUUGCCAGUCGGGCUCGUCGCCCGAGUCAUGUCUGCCGCCCAGCAGGCAUUCGACGCCGUCGACACGAACCACGACGGGGUCAUCAGCCGAGCUGAGUUCGAAGCCGCCCACGGAGCUGCUGGGGUUCAGUACGUGCAAGCGGCGCCAGCAGUUUUGCCGCCUGCCCAGGCUCCUUUUGUCUAUGCUGCCCCAGCACAAACAGUUCAGUACGCCGCGGCGCCAACGGUGCAGUACGCCGCGGCGCCAACGGUGCAGUACGUCCAGGCUCCAACGGUGCAGUACGCCGCGGCGCCAACGAUACAGUACGUCCAGGCUGCCGCUGCGCACGUCGAGUCCCAGCCCGCGGUGCAGUACGUGACGGCCGAAGCGGCACCAGCAGCCACGUACGGCGCCAUGCACGUGAUGACCAUGCCCGCCGCAGGGGCCAGCCUCACGACCGCGGCGCCCGCUCAGUACGUGCAGCCCGCCGUCACCUACGCCGCGGCAGAGCCGGAGCCAGCCCCCGCCGUGUCCUCAGAGCCGCCGCCGCCUGUCAUGUACGUGCGCGCAGCCGAGCAGCCGAUCACGUACGCGCAGCCGAACACGGUCACCUACACGGCCGCCCCGCAGCAGUUGGCCGCGCCCGCCGAGGCCGCCUACGUUCAGGCCGCGCCCCAGGUGGUCUACGCCGCGGCGCCGCAGCCACAGGUGGUCUACCUGCAGGACCCUGGGCAGCAGAUGACCUACCUGUCGCAGCCCGAGCAGCAGGUGACCUACCUCGCGCAGCCCGGGCAGCAGAUGACCUACCUCGCGCAGCCAGGGUUGCAGUCCGCGGUCAGCUACGCGUCACCCUUCACGUUUGUGGCACAGCAGCCUGCGGCGGAGACGAACACUGCCGCACACCCGACUGCGGCUGCCACGCAGGCGGCCGCCGAGGGUACCGCGGCCUCGGUGGCAGCAGCCUCGACCGCUGCCAAGAAGGCGGGGAAGAAGGUCGCGUCCGGGAAGAAGGCCACGGUCACCAAGACGAAGAAGGGCGUUUGCUGCUGAGGCGCCCCGCCACCAGGGCCGCACUCUUCGUCCAGAAGUGGGCGCCAACACCUGUGAGGCCUUUAAUUAGUCGGGACGGACAGACCAUCGUGAGUCGCGUGGCGAUGCUGCCGCUCGCGCGAUCGGGCGCCUCCUCUGUAACCCCUGGGAAAAUGCUGCAUUAUCUGUUUCGCUUAGCAGCCCGCUGAGGUCCAUCUGGUUGAGUAACGAUGCCAUAUCAUGACAAGGGAGUUGCACUCGCGUGAAUUAGAAAACACUGAGUGCGCAGGGGGA